AUGGAAUAUAUAUUCCUAUCUUACCCACCGAACCUUACUCGUUCUCUUCAAAUUUAUAAAAUAUGCUCACUUGUUUGUAUAAUUUUCAUCACUGUCAGGCUUUGUUGUUGCGCUACAAACAAUCAAACUAUAACAAAACAAAAUGUUCCGAUCACACCUGAGCUAUCUGACUUAUCUCAUAACAAAAGAAAAGCACUAUAUACUCCAUAUUGGGCUGUAGAAAUCAAAGGAGGUGAAAAGGCUGCGCGUGCUAUAGCCGAAAAAUACGGAUUUCUAUAUCUUGGAGAGAUUUUACCUGGAAUUUAUCAUUUCAAGCAUAAUCGUAUUUCCAAAAGAUCUUUGAGACAAAACAAUUAUUAUCAUGAUCAAUUAGCUAAUGAUGAACAGGUAGUAUGGUUAGAACAACAAGUUGCAAAGGUUCGAGUUAAACGAGAUGUGCACAUUCCAGUUAAAGAUCCGAAAUGGCCUCAGAUGUGGUAUUUAAAUCGUGGAGGUCCUGGUGGUCUUGAUAUGAAUGUUCAAUCAGUUUGGGCACGUGGUUAUGCAGGUCAAAGUGUUGUGGUUACUAUUCUAGACGAUGGUUUAGAAACAGAUCAUCCGGAUUUGAAAGAUAAUUACGAUCCAUUUGCAUCAUAUGAUGUGAACAGUAAUGAUGAUAAUCCAGAACCUCGUUAUUUAACAAGAGAUAAAAGUAAUACCAACCGUCAUGGUACUCGUUGCGCUGGCGAAGUGGCUGCUGCCGCAAAUAAUAGUGUAUGUGGAUUAGGUAUAGCUUAUAAAGCUCGUAUAGGUGGCGUACGUAUGUUAGAUGGUGAUGUGACUGACGCAAUGGAGUCACGUUCAUUAAGUCAUCAGCUACAACAUAUUGAUGUAUAUUCUGCAUCAUGGGGUCCGGAAGAUGACGGUAAAACAGUUGAUGGUCCAGGCAAACUUGCUCAAAUGGCAUUUCGUAAUGGAAUACAAAUGGGUCGACGUGGUUUGGGAUCAAUUUUUGUAUGGGCCAGUGGGAAUGGUGGUACAAGUCAUGAUAACUGCAAUUGUGAUGGGUAUACAAAUAGCAUUUAUACACUAGGUGUUGGAUCAGUUUCAGAGCAUGGAUCUGUUCCAUGGUAUGCAGAAUUAUGCUCUUCAACGUUAGCUGUUACCUAUAGCAGUGGAGGACGUGGUGAACGUGGUGUUAUUACAACAGAUUUAAAUCACACUUGUACUGAUAAUCAUUCUGGUACAUCGGCUAGUGCACCAUUAGCUGCUGGUAUAUGCGCUCUCACCUUGUCAGCCAAUCCUAAUUUAACUUGGAGAGAUUUACAAUAUUUAGUUGUUUAUACAGCACGUCCAGAUGGUUUAUUUGCAGAUGAUUGGCAUGUGAAUGGUGUUGGUCGACGUGUAUCACAUGCAUUCGGUUAUGGUUUAAUGGAUGCCGCCGCUAUGGUUGAUUUAGCUUUGAAUUGGACUAAUGUACCACCACAACGUGUAUGCGAAGCUCAAGCUCCAAUGACCGGUGAUCCAAUUACUAUUAGACAAAUGUCUAAAGAAAAUUUAGCUUUAACUACUGAUGGUUGUGAAUCAGCCGCAGCUCUUGCAGGUGAUCUAUCACAUCGUGUUGUACAUUUGGAACAUGUACAAGCUAAAGUAACUCUAAGUAGUGUACAACGAGGUGAAAUUGAAUUGUGGUUAACGUCUCCAGCUGGAACUAUUUCACAACUUUUAAGCAAAAGGCCAAAAGAUAUUGAUGUCGCUGGAUUUCAUGCAUGGCCAUUUAUGUCUGUACACUAUUGGGGUGAAUUAGCCAAUGGUACUUGGAAAUUAACAGUUAAAUCGGGAAAUGCUGUCGUUUUGAUUCAUGAUUGGAGCUUAAUUUUAUAUGGAACAAAUACUCCACCACCAUCUGUACCAAGUUCUUCGCAUAGACGAGGUGUCAGACAACUUCCCAGGAAUCAAGAGUCGAAUCCUUCUGCAAAAUCUCAAAAAACAUGGAUUGAUCCACAGAAAGACAAAUUUCAUUCAUCUAAAACUUCACAACAGCCUCAACAAAAAUCCAUUGAAACAUCAAAACACUAUUCCUUAGAUUCUGUUUUAAAUCCUAUUAAUCAAGAAAAUGGUGAUCAUAGUUCUAUUGGUUCAUCGGAAAAUCAAAACUCUUAUCCUUAUCCACCAUUUUACUAUUUAAACAAUCAAAACUCUUAUCGAUAUUGGCCUACUUGGAAUAGUGAAUACCAGAGUUUGUCACCUGUUCAAGCCCCACCUCCACCUCCUCCUCCACCGCCACCUAUACCAACGAUCUCUGUUCUGUCAUUACCACCGCCUUCAGCACCACUAUCUUCCUCCUCAUCAUCAUCCUCCUCUUCUGCCGCUUCACAUUCUUUAUCCUCUUCUUCUUCAUCAUCAUCUCAUGAAUUCUACCCUAAUUAUUUUCCACAAUCUUCUAUUCCAUUCUCUUCUACCGGUCAUUCUUCAUCAAAUCAUGGUUUAGACGAAUCAAAUCCUUCAAUUGAAUUUGAUCUACCAUCAUUAGUUGUACAGUCGAAUGAUUUCACACAUAUUGAAACAUCUAAUACACUCGAUCGAAAUGGUUAUUCCGAACACGAACUUAGUUUAUCUCAAAAUCAUGGACAAUUAUUAAUUAAUCAUGAUGAGUCAAUACAACGUAGCAAUCAUAAAAUUGAGAAUAAUGACAAUUAUAUUAAUAUUAAUAAUAAACACACAUUGAAUAAUUCUGUUUAUUCUAUUAAUGUAAAUUUCCUUUAUUUAUUAUCCUCUCUAAUCUUAUUUAUUUUAUUUGUCUACUGA